AUGACAAAUGUGUACGGAAGCAGCAUGUUCCAGGUGGUAUGAGUCCAGACGUGUGAGCUUUUGUAGAUUUUGUAGUUUUAAAAUAAGCCAUACUUUUCUAAAUACCGUCCGACAGCUUUAACGUUGAUAACUGUGACAGCUCUAUAGCCCGGAACUUGUUUACAUAUAUAUCCGAGUGGGCAUUCAACAGUUAAGAUGGAGAAAGGCUCCACAGGCUCUACAGAAAAGACCCAGUCGGCUUUUCCUUGUAAGGAUAAGAGUGACGAGGACUCUCGCGGCCCAAAUUCCCACAACUCCAGGGAAGCAACCUGUGGUGCUACUGCAGGUCGAGCGAGAUGGACUCUGCUGAGACAGGUGUUGUGUCAGAAGCAGACAGACAGUCCUGAGGUCAAACAGGUGUCUGUUCGUAGGUUUGCCUCCUUUGACCUUUUCAGAAGGAAAAAACGCUCAGCACAAGAACACUGUGAUACCUCAGAUGACCAGUGGGUGGAGUACAGAAGUGUCUACUAUCCUGAAUACGGUGCCUUCCUCAGGGAUAACCUGGGACCUCUCAAAGUUAAUGAAGUGCUCAAUAGUUUUGACAACACUGGCAAUGUCUGUGUGUGGCCUUCUGAGGAGGUGAUGGCACAUUACUGUCUGCAGAAGCGGCACACGUUCAAGGGUGCAGUGUGUGAGUUAGGAGGAGGUAUGACUUGCCUUGGUGGGCUCAUGGUUGCCAUUUCUGCUGACGUGAAGGAAGUCCUGCUAUCAGAUGGGAAUGAGAAGUCCAUUCAGAAUGUUCAGAGAGUGGUCGAGAGUAACAGGCGGGCCGGAAAGUUUGGGUCAACGCACGUAUCGUCAAGGGUGCUUAGGUGGGACUGCGAGGUGGACAUUUCAGCGCUGGAAGGUCACUUUGAUACCGUCAUGUGUGCAGACUGUUUGUUUCUCGACCAGUACAGAGCCUGUCUGGUUGAUGCCAUAAGGAGAUUACUGCGACCCAACGGCAUGGCAUUGGUGUUUGCUCCUGGAAGAGGUGAAACUCUAACACUGUUUUGUCGGCUGGCCCAGCAGGCCGGUCUGUGCGUCUGCCAACACCAGCAGUACGACGCUCAGGUCUGGGAUGUUCAUCUAAAGAUGCUGAGAGAAGGAAAGCAGGCAUACGAUGAAAACAUCCACUAUCCUCUCCUCAUCACCCUGACCAAAGGACCUCAACCUGUUAAUCAAGCUCAGUAAAAUGGAAUAAGGGAGCUCUUUGCUAUACAUAACACUCCACACUGUUUGCAUUUUCUUUUUUUUUUUAAUUUCACCUCCAGCCAUAUUCCAAACAACUCCUCUCAGUCCAGAAGAUGGUCACUCAGCUUUUAUAGCUUGCAGUUAAUCUGCUAGUUAAAAAGUUUCGCCAUCCGUUGUGGAUUUAUGGACUUUACAAGGGGUCUGUGAUUCCUAUGCAUUCACUUGAAAUUCCGCCUGCUUACGGUGAAUUACGUGACAGUUUUCCGUACAUGUCAGGUAUUCAUUAGCGUUUUCCAGCUUGAACUACUCACUGUUAACGAACGUCGCUCACUGUGUUCCCGCGCUCAGCGUGGAGGCCGGCUUCGACUCGCAGCGCGGAGCAAUUUGCAGCUUCCUCAGUUUCCACCUUUAAUUUCACUUAAAACAUUUCAUUCAGCCCAGCCAGGGGUCAGUACAAAGAACUUAAUUUGUGUGUGUGCGUUACAGCACUGCAGCGCAUUAACACAUUACGGCACUUUCAAAUGAAAAGAGCAUCGGUUGCUGCAGGAGACACAGAUUUUAUAUGAUGUUUUUUUUUUUUCCACUGCAAUUUUGCUGCAAUUAACACAAGUAAUCUCCAGCAUACACACUAUGAAUCCACUAUCGGUAUUGCUUUACAGUUUGCUGUGAUGAUGAAAGGAACAACCUGAUCUUAAUUUGUUAACCAUCGUCUGUAAUUUCCCUCUUCAGUUCCAGUUUGAGUUGCUAAAAUGCAGCUGAUUACUCUAAUUUUACUGAUGUGUGAAUCUUCACACCUGGCUCAUUGUGUCAAGUAUCAUUAUUUUUGAAGAGGUUUGUGAGCUCACGCAGUACUGUUGUGCUAGUAUAUAUUGACCCAAUACUGUGGAAUAGAAAAUGAUGUAUUUUUGUGAUUGUGUGCGUGAAUUAGCUAUUGUUAUUUCAAUCUUUUCCAAGUGACGGUAUUCUGUGCUGGCGAGCGCAACAAACUUAUUUCGGUUUGGUUUUGGUGACAUUUAUUGGUAAAGACUUAAAAAAUAAAUUUAUGUGUUAUUGAAGUAGGGUUAUCUCAGACUGAAAAUCUGUUUGAGUGUUUUAAAUGGACUGAACUUAUAUAGCAAUUUGGGGUUAAGUGCCUUGCCCAGAGGCAGAUCGACAAGUGGCAAGAGGAAGCUGGAAUCGAACCUACAACCUUCCGAUCGUAAGACAACUACUCUACUGAAGCGCCACAGUCGCCCCUAGUGGGGAAAAACACAAAGUUAAUGUUCUAUAUAUUUUGUACAAUCUGAUUUUGCUACUAGAACAGCGAUUCAUCUUCUGCUGUAACAUUUUAGAGAGAGGAAUCCUUGACGUUUUUAUCUUAUAGUCUCUUCAGGUUCCUUCUGCAGGAUUUAAAUCUGGAGAAAGAGAUGACUGUGGAACUGGGUCAUUUGUUAGACCAUUUCUGUAGACUCUUGCAGACUUUUUUAAUUCAACAUUUCUUUCUAUCUACUUAAGAAAGUGUAUAAUCCCAUGUAUAGUGUUACCUUAGCAUUUAUUUGGAAGAAAAGCAGGCCAUCAUAGCAUUACAGAUCUUCCGUCAUGUCUAGCAUUGAGUGCUAAAGGCUCACACAUGUAUCAUGCGAACCCAAACGGCGUGAGGUCACAUGUUUGCAGACCACCGCCAAUGUUCCCCUUCUGGAUCCUCCAUGUUGGUUUUACGAAACGGUCACAGAGGGAGCGCCACGCUUUUCUACAGACAGCCUCCAUGAACAACAGUGUUGCAAUUCCCAUUCGGGAGUUUUUAGCCAUUUGACUGUCUUAUUAUAGUAGUUAUUUAGUGAAAAACAAGUGUACAUAUUUCCUCAACACGUCAGAUAAGUGUUCCUCAAAACACUUAUCUGUUUUGAGGAAAAACCCUAUAGUGGAAGCUAGUUGAAUAGAAAUAUCAACAUUUCUGUCUGAUCGCAUUUCUGCAUAAAACACGAAUGCGAAACACUUCUGACCCAAUCUGCAUGAUUUUUCUUAAAGCUCACGAUGCUAACGUUUGACACGGUGUGAUAGAAAAGCUUGUGUUUCUGGCAUCACUCUAAAAAGGAAAAGGAGGUCACUAUGGAGACUCAGUGAGCUGGACCUGUCAUUGGUUGCUACAGUUUUGCUGGAGUUUUAGAGGCUUAUUUUGCCUCCAUUAUCAUCCUGCUCACUGUCUAUAGUUAUGCGGUCACGUCAUAUUUAUAUCACACGUAAAUUAAACACAUCCCAGACGAUUUGCCCUUGACUCACGCUGAGGUUACAACAAGCGACAAGAUGGAGCUCAGACUUCGAGCUCAGACACAACGCCUCUGGGCUCGAGCCGGGUCAGGUUGAAUUUUUUUAGGCCUGAUCUAAAGUCUACUCUAAAUUGAUUUACUCAAAAUAAAGGUAGGAUUUUUCACAAUUUUCACUGUGAGAUGAUGUAAAUACAAAAAUAAUAAUAAUGUGAAUUUAUCUGAAGCCUUCUUUCCCAUCUUUACCAGGUAGCAAUAAACGUUGCUGCCAUGGCACCUUUGAAAAAAUAAGUAAAUUGUAAUACAUAAAGUGUUUCUCCAGAGGACAAAGUGUGCAAUAAGUAAAAUAUGUCAGAUUCAUGACCCUUCUGUUACCAUAGUGACUAUUUUAUGAUCUGCGGCCGCCUUUGCAGAAUGCCUGAAUGUCUGGAAGAUUCCACAAAAUCUGGAAACUUUAGUUGCUGGAGAACAAUCAUCUGGAGUAUCAAACUGGAACUGGAACCAAAUCCUGUGUUGAUUCUGAGUUAUACGAUACACAUAUCUAUAUCUUUAUCUCUUAAAUUCACAACCUUACAGAUGUUUGCUUCUUCAGUUUAUUCAAUGACACGUUUUUAUCAACCAACUGUUCUCAGGUGUUUUUGUCACAGAUCGUCUGGCUUCCUGUUUCUUGUAUCAUCGGGAAAGCUGCAGGUAUGAAGGUGUGUGUUGUGGCUCGCGACGCGUUUCCACAUUACACUGUGAUCCACUGACGUACAGGACAGCCAAGAAGCUGUGCAGGACUUCCCUAGUGGCUGCUGUUUACAUUUCACACAAAAUAAUCAGCCUCAGUAAAAAAAAAAAAAAGGACGUUAUAAAAGCGGUGUCACUGUUUUGAUGAUUGAAAUGUCAUUUCAAAAACACGUGGGAAAGUUUUUAAUCACACUGUUACCAAACCAUAAAGAUAAUCAUUUCUUAAAUAAUCUUCUAUACAUAAAGACGAAUACGGCGGGAUUACCAUGAUUUGACUAGUAUUAUUGUCAGUUUAAAGUGUUUGGUAUUAAACAAAUCAGCAUUAUAGCCAGUAAGCACUGUUUAAAAGCAUAAAUGAAAACUUUCAGCGUUAAAUUUUUUUUUUGUUUGCAUUCAUUUCAAGCUGGCUCUAAUUUCAUGCUGCCUUAAAACACAGAGGCACCAUAAAAAAAAAUAAAAUAAAAUAAAGUAUUUGUGAUUACUGAAGAAUUCACAAUUCAAGCUAAAUGUCUUUCACACAAUCUGUGAGAAAUUAAAUAAUUUCUGAAAGUAUUUUUAGUAAUCAGAAGUAGUAUAUCUGUAUAAUUAAGUUUCUAAAUAAAUAAACCAAAUGCUCUUACUUUCAAAGCAGAUCAUUUUUGCUUCGUAGGACGAGAUCAGCUCACCUUAGGAUGGCCUCAGUCCUUUCAGUCCUAAUUCUGUAGAAGAUCUGACUAAUUACAGUAAAAUGAACUCGCCCAAUCAUUCCUCUAAGUGGGCUUUGGAAUCGUGACAUUUAUGAGUAGUUUCACUCACUGUGGGGACCAGAAAUCCGAGUCAGUCGCUCUGAGGCUUCGUGUUUUUACUGCGUCUGAGAGGGGGCAAGCUGCCCGGUUCAGGAGCUUUCGCUGCACUUUGUCAGUUUUGCAGCAGUGCGACACAUUGCACAGUUUACGCGGCGCCUGAGUCGCGACGUGCAACUGAAUUAUUCGACGUGUCCCCAAGAAAUCUGCGGCAGCCUGGCUUAAGCCGUAGCUCACGUCACGCCUGCGACAGCAGCAGCACAGCUAUCGAUAAUAUCCAUCUUGGAUAUGUAAACAUGCCUUAGAAACGCAUGGCUGAUCUGCAUCGGAAGAGUUCGACCUUAAACUUCAGUCCGUGUAUGGAUGUAACUGAUUUUCAUUCUUGAACCGGACCACUGUCAGCAAACUCAGCUGCGUUUUCUUCAUCAUGUGCGUCAGCAUCAAUUUUAGCCAUAACGGAAAAACAAUAUUUGACAUAGUAGAAAAUGCAUAUCUUGUUUAUUAUUAUUGAAACUCUUGCUGAACGAUCUAUCAGCUCAUACCUAAUAUGUGUGAAUUACAUGUUUGAAUCUAUAAUUUCAUUGUUAUUAGAGCAACAACUGCUCAGUUCAGUGUCCUGUUUAUCACUGCGUGUGAAUUUGAGGCCUCAAACAGACGCGACAAAAACAAAACAAAAAAAGUAGAAGUGAGGAGGGUAUGUAAGUCAAAUAGAUUUGACUCAGAAAAGAGGAUGAGCUUUUUGCUUUGCUGUGAUGAAAAUCAUUUUGAUGUUCAUGGUUUUUCUGAUCGAAUAAAAUAUUUUUCCUUCACUAAA